AUGUCAUCCUCGGAAGGAGCGCCGGAGUCCUGGAUUUCCUCGUUUUGUUCGUUGAUGGGCCAUGAGUUUUUCGCAGAGGUGUCGGAGGACUUCAUCGAGGAUGACUUCAAUUUGACUGGUCUUCAGUCGCAGGUGCCAAUGUACAAGGAGGCACUGGAGAUGAUCCUGGAUGUGGAGCCGGAGGAUGACGAGGAAGAGGAGGAGGAAGAGGAGGAGGAGGAAGAUGAAGACGAUGCGCUUGGCGAUCAGCCUGCAUACAGAAGAGCAGGCGACCGGCGACACGCCCGGGUCGCAAGCGAUUUGAGUGUGAUCGAGAGCUCGGCUGAGCUCCUGUAUGGGUUGAUCCACCAACGGUAUAUCACCUCGCGGCCCGGCAUUCAACAAAUGCUCGAAAAGUACGAGAUGCAGCAUUUUGGCACCUGUCCGCGAGUGAACUGCAACGGAUGCAAAGUUCUCCCCGUAGGCCGGUCCGACACCCCUGGCCACGAAACGGUUAAGCUUUUCUGCCCCGGUUGCAUGGAUAUUUAUACACCCCCCAACAGCCGUUUCCACUCCGUCGAUGGCGCAUUCUUCGGUACAACGUUCGGAUGUCUGUUCUUCAUGACCUUCCCAGAUCUAGAUAUUGGGCCCCGUCUAGAUGCGGCAUUGUCGAUGAUGUCGCCACGAGGCGCAUCAACGCAGUCUCGCACUGGCUCCCUGACACGCACCCCUGCAGGUCGUCAGGCACAGUCGCCCACACCCGAAAACCAGCCGUUAGAAAUCAACGGCGUCCGGACACCCAACCUCUGCCCGGGACUCGGGAAGGGCAAAAUCUAUGACCCCAGAAUCUAUGGUUUCAAGGUCUCCGAGGUCUCGCGUGUCGGCCCGCGCAUGAAAUGGUUGCGCAUGAGACCCAAAAACGUUGUCGAGCUCGACGAGGCGUGGAACCACGAGCACGGGGUGUCUCCACAGGAGGCACGCGACGAUAAGGAUGGCGAUAUUGAGAUGAACCCCGAACAAUCGCAAGAUGCUGCCAUUGCGAACCGCAAGAAAGCCCCGAUGCGGCGCCGUCGACCAAACCUUGGCGCCUUAGUCUCCACAGAUCCGAUGGACGUGCACGGUAGAUGA